AUUGUUUAAUUUUCCUGAUUAUUAUUAUUUUGGACUUGCAAUUGAAUGGACUUCGAAAACGAAGGAAAAAAAAAAAAGUGAAACCGAAAAAGGAAGACGAAAAGACAUUUCUAUAAGGCGUCACCAAAGAAGAAGAAAGAAAGAAACAAAACAAAGAACACACAUUGAUCAACAGCCAAACGGAUUCUCCACCCCUCCCGAGGAUUAAACCCCUCUUGAAUCUAAUAGCUCUGAUCUCCGAUCCCUCAUCCGUGCGCCCUCUCUGGUGCCCUCCCAACCCCUGCUCUCGAUCGGUCCCUCGCUUAAAUCGACGUUCUUGGGUUGCUUCGGGACGGACCUCUUAUCCGGGUAUUCUCGGCGGGGUAGCGUCGUCGGCGGCGGCUAUGGACGUAUUGCGGAUUUUGUUCGGAAUGGAAAGAUUAGCGGCGCCGAGGCGCUCGCGUUCUUUCAGGGUUCCAAUCUGCCCCCAAGAACGUCUCAACUCAGGUUUGAACUAUGUCACAACAUUGCUUUUAGUACCUGAGAAGGAACUGGCUGAGUUGAAUUUUCAGAAUGCUACAUUCUUUUAUUCUCUUAUCCUGGUUCCAAAGUCACUUCCGAUGGCUGAAGUAGCUUUUGUGAUCUCAUGGUCAAACACGUUGCAGUUUAAAUUUAGAGGUACUGGACUGGAGGUUAUGCUUCCGAAUGUUUGGAUAUGUUCAUAAAGGGACUACUGCAGGCCAUCUGUAUAUGCUUCUCACUGUGUUAUAUAAGGCCGGCAUCAACUUGCUGAUAGGUAUUGUACGAAGUGUAUGCCUACUUAUUAAAAUAAUACAUAUCAAGAAGUUCUAAUUACAGGAAUCACAAAGGAAAAACACCAUCCAAUAAUUAUAAGUUCCUACAUUCACUUGGAGGAAUAAGGCAAACCAAUUGAUAAAUUUCAUGUUGCAGAUAAAACAUUGAACUGGUCAUCUGAUCCAUAUAAUUUGAGAUGCUUCACCAUUAACAGCGUGAGAACAAUAUAAUUAAGAAUGUAGAAGUUUCUUGCACUCUUUGGUCCAAAUGCAUCAGUGGCACCUCAGGUGGCAUGGCUGGUUUGGCCCACAGCAGCUUGAGGCUGCUGCAGAUGAUGGAGGCAAAGAUGGAGCGUCAUACGAGGUUUGGCCCACAGCUGAAUGUAUUUGUGUUGUCAUUUUCUUUCUUUUCUGUGGUCAUGCCAGUAGAGUGUUUCUUGGAGUAAGCAGAGAUCCAUGGCAUACAUGGAUACUGAUGCAAAUCCCAAUGAUUGGUCUGUGGCCUCAGAUGAUGGUAUGGACUUCCCCAUGAAUGCUUACCUUGCUACACAUUUAGUGUUUACUUUUUCUGCUAACUUUAAGAUGCGACAGGCUUGAUGGUUCUGUAAUCCUAUCAUGCUUGGUCAGCUAAGCCUGCUACGUAGAUACGAACACUGUACCAAUAAACAUGCCAACCAUUGAUUUACAGAAGAGAAGUAGAUUUGGUUUAUACAGGUAUUGGAGGCUACCCGUCUCAAAUGUUGUAGAAUUUUAAGCAGUAAAAAGCUUAUUGAUA